AUUGUGAUGAUCAUGCAAACACAAAGAUAGUGCUUAAUAUUGGAUAAUUAUAGUUAUUUAUUCUUCCACCCUACCCAUUCUAACUCAAUGGCAUUAGCUUCCACACUUACUCUAUUAUUGUUCUUCCUUUCCAUGCUGCUCAUGCCAUUGACUUCACAAGAAAAAGACAAUGAGAAUUUUGAUGAAUGGAUAUCUUUGAAUGUGAAACACUACAAUAGUAGAAACAGAGAAACGAGUUUGAAAUGGACGCAAGAAUCAAUCAAACACAAAAAACAACAUCAUGUUCCUCCACCUCCCGUUAGUAGCAGCUUUGAUCCAAAACUUAUAUACGCGGAGAUGAACAAAAUGAUAAUCACCGUGAGUCAAGACGGAAGUAGCAAUUUCAAUACUAUUAAGGAAGCUCUUGCUACCAUUCCACUCUAUAACAAGCGCAGGGUCAUACUGGACAUCAAACCCGGAGUUUAUAGGGAAAAAAUUAACAUUCCAAGAAGUUCGCCGUUUGUGACAUUUCGGGGCGAUAGUAGCAAUCCGCCACGGAUUACAGGAAAUGACACAGCUUCAGCUACACGAACCGGUGGUACGCCUUUAAAGACAUUCCAAAGUGCUACCGUUUCUGUCGAUGCCGAUUAUUUUAUCGCCAUAAAUGUUAUUUUUGAGAAUACAGCACCCCAUGUGGUUGGAACCGCAGGAGAACAAGCAGUGGCACUAAGAAUAUCAGGAAACAAAGCAGCAUUUUACAAUUGCAGUUUCUAUGGAAGCCAAGACACACUUUAUGAUCAUAAGGGACUUCACUAUUUCAACAAUUGUUUCAUUCAAGGCUCUGUUGAUUUCAUUUUUGGGUAUGGUAGAUCCCUAUAUGAGAACUGCCAGUUGAACUCCGUAGCAAAGAAAGUGGCGUCCCUGACAGCGCAGAAACGUACAAAUUCAUCGAUAUUAAGUGGAUUUUCGUUCAAGAACAGCACCAUAACAGGGACAGGAUCAGUUUAUUUAGGCAGGGCGUGGGGUGAUUAUUCUAGAGUGAUAUUUUCGUAUACUUACAUGGACAACAUUGUUCUUCCACUAGGAUGGAAUGAUUGGGGCAAAACAACUAGAGACUCGAGAGUGUAUUAUGGGGAGUACAGGUGCAGUGGACCAGGAGCCAACAUUACAGGAAGAGUUCCGUGGGCGCGAAUUCUCAACGAUGAAGAGGCCAUGCCUUUUAUUGGCACCUAUUAUGUUGAUGGCGAUUCUUGGCUUAUACAUCCCUACUAGUUACAACUUGCAAUAAUCAAUUUUAUUGCUUAUGUACACCCUUUCGCGUCAUUCUACUUGUUAUGGUUGUGACAAAUAACAAAUUUAUUACAAGCAUA